CACACGGUAUCGACUUCUUUCCUCUAUCCAUCUUCAUCAUCUUGGUUCUGUCUAUGUUUUUCUUCUUCCCUUUUUUUUUUUUUUCGUGCAAGUCGUUCUUUUCUUCCUGUCCCUUCCCCUUCUGUUCUAUUUUAUUUUUCCUCUUCGUCAGCCCCUUCUCGACUCAAUCUCCUCUAAUCGUUUCCUCCGACUUCUCAUCUAACCUCUUAACUUUCAGCUAUGGACCCUGCCCUAGGCCAGUCUUCCUCGGACAAGUCUUACUCGCCCGGACCAGGCUCCAUCAUGACAUCCUCAUCGCGUGAUACCACGCCAGAUCAUUCUUCCGAAGGCCCGAUCCGUAAACCGGGUGCUGGGGUGGAUGUCGUGGAUCCAAGCCUGACGCUGGCUUCUGCAGUCAGAGGGCCUAUGGCCAACCACGAGGGAGGCAGGUCGGAGAUGGAGAGAGCGCUGAAUCCGACGUCGAAUCCGUUCGUGGUCGGGGCUGUUCAACGUCGCUCGAAGCCCGCAACACCCUCAGACCGCCAUGCGGUACAGUCCCGGGAAAAACAGCCGCACCAACCACAACCAAUGCAACGACUUCACUCGGCAUCGACUAAUCCGAACAGUGGCGGUGGUGGUGGUCCUGGGGAAGGAGCCGGUGGGGUCAUCGGAGGCAGUAGCAGGAACAGCAUUACAGGCCCCCCGAGAUAUUUCGACUCUCCAAGCUGGCAUCCCGGGCUGGUGGGCAGCACAACACCGACCACUACCGCUAAAACAGUUACAACAACACCCACGAACCUGCUCAGUGGCUGUUUUCCGCCACCGAGCCCACAGGUCACUUCGGGAGGAGGCGCACACUACAUGGCAAUGCGGAUGGAUGCGCGUCCCGAACCGCCAGGACUGCUGGGAGCUGGCGGCGGCAACUUGGAAAACUUCUACGCGUACUGCUUUGACCGUGGAAACGGCAACUACGCACGUCUCAUCCCGGCCGAUAUGCUGCCUCCACUCGCGGGCAUCCCCGCCUUCCAGCAAGGGUCGGAGGGCAUGAUAGUGCUCCCCUUGCCUCAGGGGUUACCUCCUCGAGGACCAAUGAGCAACAUCCAGCCAGUCAUGCUGAAGGUGAGUGAAGAAGUACUGUGCUUUUCCUGCGCUGAAAUAUGAUUUUUGUUUUCUCCCUCUCAGCCAGAUCCAUAACCCAUACGCGCUACUCCCUUGCCAGUCGGGUGAGAGUGGGUGGACUGAAUGUUGCAGACCCCUCCUGCGUCCCCAAAGCCGGUGUCUGAUAUGAUCCAGGUAACGUCCACGCUCGCUUCCCUAUACCCGUCUCCCAUUGUUGGUUCUUGUGCUUUUCUUCUUCUUCUUCUUCUUCUCCUCUUCGUUCU